AUGGCGGGCAAGUCACGCGCCGACUACGAGGCUGAGGUGCGGUCAUGGGGGUUCAAGCACGUCUUCACUUGGACUGAUGGACCGCAAGCCCAUUAUCCGCCACAUUCGCACGCCGGGCUGACAACCCAUCUCAUCACUCGAGGAGAGCUGACCAUCACGUAUCCCAACGAUGAGAAGCCGGAGAAGGAGACGUUUGGCGUUGGAGGUCGAAUCGACGUCGACGCCGGCCGUGUGCACGAGGUCUGGAUCGGCAAAGAGGGUUGCACCUAUGUCAUUGGCGAGUGA